AUGGCUUCUGGAUUCAAAACUCGCAUCUCCUCCAACUGCAACGCCAUGGGACGCGUCCCUGCCACAUCCAAGGAAUUGAACUUUGCCUUCAAGGAGUGGGAACGGACGGCUCGUGUCAAGCAACCGACCAUGACGGUCGAUGAAACCACUUCGGGGGACGAAAUUGCUACGUUUACCCAACGGGACAUGUCCGAUGACUAUCGCGGUCCGGGAGUUGAUCAGCUCAAGGAAGCAUUGAUGAAAUACAAAAAGGAAAAUGUCUAA